UUCACUCAAUAUGUUUUUUUAUAUCUCGUAUCCCAGUAUUCAGUUUAGUUUGCUGGCUGUUCGACCGACCGGUGUCUGAUUUCCCUUUGUAAUGUCAUCGUCUUGUAUUUUUUCUCGUGGUCUAGCAUUAAUCAGGCCGGUUAGGUUAUAUCAUUAUCGACUGAAAUUGAUCGCAAAUUCCACGAGAAUGUACAGCUCAGCUGGACACAGAACAGAAUCUGAUAGCUUUGGUGAUCUCAAUGUGCCGAACGAUAAAUAUUAUGGAGCCAAUACCGCAAGAUCAAUGAUGAAUUUCAAAAUUGGCGGACCCUCUGAACGAAUGCCAAUAGAGGUUAUUAGAGCAUUCGGUGUUCUAAAGCGAGCGGCAGCUGAAGUCAACAAGGAAUAUGGUUUGGACGAAAAGAUCUCUGAUACUAUUGUUGAAGCUGCCAAUGAGAUUAUUGAUGGGAAAUUAGAUGAUCAUUUUCCGUUAGUAAUAUGGCAGACUGGCAGUGGUACUCAAUCUAACAUGAAUGUUAAUGAAGUGAUUGCCAACAGAGCAAUUGAAAUAAUGGGAGGAAAGCUUGGAACUAAAGACCCAGUUCAUCCAAAUGAUCAUGUAAACAAAAGUCAAAGUUCAAAUGAUACAUAUCCAACAGCUAUGCAUAUUGCUGUAGCAAAGUCCUUGCACGAAAUUUUGAUUCCAGGUGUAAAACAUCUUAGAGAUAUCUUGCAAGCAAAAGUCGGUGAUUUCAAAGACAUUGUCAAGAUAGGAAGAACUCACACACAAGAUGCAACCCCACUAACACUUGGACAAGAGUUCUCUGGUUAUGUCAAGCAGCUUGAUAAUGCCAUACAUCGAGCCAAUGCAUGUUUACCACGAAUAUAUGAACUUGCAGCAGGUGGGACAGCCGUAGGAACAGGACUCAACACAAGAAUUGGUUUUGCAGAGAAAGUUGCUUCUAAAGUAGCUCAAAUCACAGGACUACCAUUCAUAACAGCUGAAAAUAAAUUUGAGGCACUUGCAGCACAUGAUGCACUCGUUGAAGUCAGUGGCCAAUUAAACACAAUAGCCUGUUCCCUAAUGAAAAUUGCAAAUGAUAUCAGAUUUUUAGGAUCAGGACCGAGGUGUGGACUUGGUGAGCUGUCACUUCCUGAAAAUGAACCAGGAAGCAGUAUCAUGCCUGGGAAGGUUAAUCCAACCCAGUGUGAAGCUCUAACCAUGGUUUGUGCACAAGUUAUGGGUAAUCAUGUUGCCACCACUGUUGGAGGAAGUAACGGUCAUUUUGAAUUAAAUGUAUUUAAACCCCUAAUGGUAUCAAAUGUUCUACGAUCUUCUCGGUUGAUUGGUGAUGCUUGUGUAUCAUUUGCAGACAACUGCGCCGUGGGAAUUGAAGCAAAUGAAAAAAGAAUAUCUGAAUUACUCCACGAAUCUUUGAUGCUUGUAACAGCAUUAAAUCCUCAUAUCGGAUAUGACAAAGCCGCGAAAAUAGCUAAACAUGCUCAUGCCCAAGGUUCAACUUUAAAGAAAGCUGCAAUAGAUUUAGGAUUUUUAACCGAGCAGGAAUUUGAUAAAUGGGUGAAACCUGAAGACAUGCUGGGACCAAAGUAAAAGUACAUGACGGUGAUAUUUCUUUAUGCCAGGUUUCAAAGUUUGUUUAAUUUAUGUACUGUAAUGCACUGUCAUCUGCAAGUUCAAACAAGAAAUUUAUGUUUUCGAAAUGCAAUUUGUUGUCGCUUAA